CAAAGUACUACUUGUCAUUCACUGCUUCAUGUAUUGGUUUAUGUAUUAGUUCAUACUAGUUGAUUUCGGAAGCUUCUCUCUGUAUGGAGCCAGUUCAGCUCCAGCCGGCAAGCGGGUAGCCGCUCCUUAAUACAUUGUUACCCCUGGAGUCCAUCUCUUACUACGUCUCAAUCCUGCAGUUAUUACAUUGGCGACGAGGAUGGGAUCUAUUGGCAAAGUAGAAGAAUUUAACCAGGAUGCCGAGGUGUGGACUCAAUAUGUGGAGCGGCUGGAGCAUUUUUUUGAAGCCAACGACAUUAUUGAAGAGAAAAAAAAGAAAUCUACUUUAUUGGCUGUUUGUGGAGCAAGAACCUACGAAGUGAUAAGGUCACUCUGCCUACCAGAGAAGCCAGCCGACAAGUCGUACAGUGACCUCAAAGUGCUGUUGGAGAAUCACAUGUGCCCGAAACCGUCAGUAAUCAUGAAGCGCUUCAAAUUCAACUCACGAUUCAAGCAACCAACUGAAUCUGUGUCUUCUUACAUUACUGACCUUCGGAAAUUAGCGGAGCACUGUGCGUACGGAAACCAACUACCUGACAUGUUACGAGAUCGUCUGGUGUGUGGAAUUGACGACCGAAAAAUACAAGCAAGGUUGUUGGCAGAUGGGAAUUUGGACUUCAAGAAGGCAGAGGCAACUGCUCUGGCUAUGGAGGCUGCGGCAAAAGACACUGAAGACCUACAACAGGCUGGGGAGUACCGCAGCAGUCAAGUGAACAAGAUUCAGGAGAGGCGCGGGGAAGGAAGAAAAAUUCAAGAGACACCGUGGGUGCGAACGAAUCCUCGACCACAGUGCUACAGGUGUGGGGGUCCGCAUGUGGCUCCUAGCUGUCAUUUUGCACGUGCUACCUGUUUUAAAUGUAAGAAAGUGGGACACUUGGCAAGGAUGUGUCGAAAUAAAGCAGACAUGGAAAGGAAAAUGCACAAGAUUGAGGGUGAAGAGGAGGACGGUGAGACAACUGGGGAAGAAUACACCUUGUAUACAGUGCGGGGGGCUCGUGAACCACCUGUGAUUGUUCACCCAGAAGUUAACAAGGUGGCUAUUCCCAUGGAAGUGGAUACUGGUGCUGCGGUGUCCAUUAUAAGUCAGAAAGUGUAUGAAGAAAGCUGGAAGGAUACGUGCAAGCCGGUGCUCGAGUAUUCCGACGUAGUGUUACGCACCUACAGUGGAGACUUAUUGAAAGUGAUGGGGGAAGUGAAUGUGGAGGUUAAUUAUAACAACCAGUCGAAAGUUCUGCCGUUGGUGGUAGUGGAUGGAGACGGCCCGAGUUUGAUGGGGAGAAACUGGUUGAAACAAAUUAAGCUAGACUGGGCUGCAGUUUAUAGUUGUCGGUCAGAGUGUGAUAAGGUCAUUCGCAGUUUUAGUAAUGUUUUCAAAGAGGAGUUGGGUCUCAUCAGAAACACAAAGGCGACCCUACAUGUGGAUAAGGAGGCACAACCCAAGUUUUUCAAAGCUCGCCCGUUGCCCUACGCCUUGAAAGACAAAGUGGAGCACGAGUUGGAACGGCUAGUUAACGAUGGAGUAAUUGAACCUGUGCAGUUCUCAGAGUGGGCGGCGCCAAUAGUCCCGAUAGUUAAGGGAGACAAAUCCAUACGUAUUUGUGGGGACUACAAGAUGACUGUGAACCGCGUGUCUAGAGUGGACAGUUACCCGAUACCGAAGGUUGAGGAUUUAUUAGCAAAUUUGUCAGGAGGGAAGACUUUUUCAAAAUUAGACCUGUCACAUGCUUAUUCACAACUACCACUGGAAGAGGAAUCAAAAAAAUAUGUAACGAUAAAUACACAUAAGGGGUUAUUCGUAUAUAAUCGCUUACCAUACGGAGUCUCCUCGGCGCCAGGAAUAUUCCAGAGAGUUAUGGAGAACUUACUGCAAGGUAUCCCUCACGUGGUGGUGUACUUGGAUGAUGUAUUAGUGACAGGGAAGACGGAAAGGGAACAUCUGAGUAACCUGACAGAAGUUUUGAGGCGUAUGGAUGACGCGGGGGUGAAACUGAAGUUAAAGAAGUGUGUGUUUCAGGCACCAGAAGUAACAUAUUUAGGACAUAAAAUUAAUGCGGAAGGGCUGCACCCGUCCGAGGACAAGGUUCAAGCUGUUAUAAAGGCACCUACACCAAGCAACAUCACUGAACUAAAGGCGUAUUUGGGGCUUGUUAAUUAUUAUGGCAGAUACAUUCCUAAUCUCUCCACAGUAUUUGCUCCCUUGUACAGGAUUACUGCAACGGGACGUGGAAUGGCAAUGGGGACCAGAACAGCAGCGUGCCCUUGCCACAUCGAAACAACUGUUGGCGAGCUCCAAGGUGUUGGUGCCUUAUGACAGCAGCAAGCCCCUCCUGCUCACCUGUGACGCGUCACCAUACGGAUUGGGAGCAGUCCUUGCACACCGUUUGGAGUCUGGAGAGGAGAAACCGAUUGCUUUCGCAUCCCGAUCCCUGAGCAUAGGCUGAACGCAAGUAUGCUCAGGUAGAGAAAGAAGGUUUGGCAAUAAUAUUUGGUGUUAAGAAAUUUCAUAAUUACUUGUAUGGCCGCCAUUUUGAGAUCAUUUCAGACCAUCAGCCACUUAAAAGUCUGUUUAAUGAAACUCGCCCAGUGCCUGUGAUGGCAUCAAGUCGUAUCCAACGCUGGGCGCUAACACUAUCGGCGUAUGAAUACACUAUCACCCACAAACCAGGGAAAAAUAUAGUACAUGCUGAUGGGUUGAGUCGCCUUCCUCUCCCUGAAUUCCCCAAGGUGACUCCAGUCCCCGGUGAUGUGGUAUGCGUGUUGGAGAGACUAGACCAGACACCCGUCACGUCGAGAGAGUUAAGGCAUUGGACGGAUAAGGACUCAACACUCUCGAAGGUGCAGUUGCUAGAUGGGAGGACUGUACGACGUCAUCUCGACUAUGUGAGGAGAAGAGUAAGCAUAGAGGGCGAGACGGUUAACGCAGAUGAUGCCAUACCACCUCCCAUGGACCUCACAAAUGGAGCAGGAAUUCAGAAACAUGGUUCGGCACCGGCAGGCAGCGUGUCGCCCCUAAAGGCAGGAGUUUCGAAGCAGUCCGGAGCACACAACAGCAACGCGCCGGAUCAAAUUCAAGAACGAGAGUUAACCUCAAGUCAAGAGUUCGAACCUGGAUUGCCGCCACAACAGCAGCCGUUGGAGAGGGAAACACUGCGCCGUUCUGAGAGACUGCGCCAGAAGCCAGAUCGUUUGCAGAUAGCUUGGAAAUAAAAUGUUAGGUCUCUUGCUUCACUUGUGUUAACUAUUUUAAUUGUUGGAGUUUUGUAUUACUUUUGCUAGUUUUAGUUACUAUGUUUAUUUUGUUUUUUGUCUCGUGUUUGCGGGUUUUAGCGUUUCUUAUAACUUGUAUCGAAUAUUUUUUUUCUAGUCUUUCUAAUUGAUAAGUUUUAGUAUCUUCUGUAUCUUUUUUAACAUUUUGGUUGUAAACUUGAUUUUAUGGUUUCUAACCUGAGUUUUUUUUAAAAAAAGGGAGGAGUGUUAUAAUUGUUACUACCAAAGUACUACUUGUCAUUCACUGCUUCAUGUAUUGGUUUAUGUAUUAGUUCAUACUAGUUGAUUUCGGAAGCUUCUCUCUGUAUGGAGCCAGUUCAGCUCCAGCCGGCAAGCGGGUAGCCGCUCCUUAAUACAUUGUUACCCCUGGA